AUGAGCAAACAGAGACCACAGAUCCGAUAUAAUACGAUCGAUAGUUCCCACAGAGCCCGCCCGACCCAUGUGCUACAACCUCUGAGGCCACCAACACCUCGUCCACCACAAUCGACACCCCCACUCCUUCCAUCCACCAGCCAGCCCCCGAGCUGUCCUCAGAUCGAGGCGGUCUUACUGCAUACUCUCUCUGAGACCUGGGAGACGCCCCGGAAAGCGUUAAGGAAAAUGCCGAAGUCUUCAUCACUAUCGCUGGCGAUGCGGUCGAAAGGAGGGAAAGAUAGCCUUGGUUCGCCAAUGAGCCCGCGAAGUCCGGGCUCUCUGAAUGCCGUUUAUGGAAAUGAUUCAGAAGCAGCGACUCCCAUUGCUGCGUAUCACAAUAUGCCGGAGUCACCAGCAUCUCCCAAGCAACGCAAAGACUCGAAGAACAUCUUCGCUAACUUCCAUGCCUCAAAAUCUUCGACACGCAUCGCUUCACCGGAUGACUCCCUUCGCCAAGGCCCUGAUCAGAACGGGCCACUUUCAUUCUACACAAACGGUCGAAAUGGGGGAUCCACGCCCGAGUUGAACCGCCCAAUACAAACUCCAAAUUCUGAGGGUAAAGACCUAGACAACCGCUCUGAUAUCACGGGUUCCGAACCACGAACCAAUAGCAGAUCAGGAAAGUCUACCGAGUUGGAUAGCAAUGCGGACUCCAAUCCUUCAAAGCGUGGUACCGCAAAACCCAAAAAGCAAGGAGUGUUGUCGAGAUCACGAUCCAUCAAGGUUGAGGAAGGCUCCAAUCAAACGAAGCAGAAACCUACCCCCAGAAAUCUCGCCGAACCCUCUUCGUGGAAAAACAACAGUGAUGGCAUGCCCCUAAAGACAGCGCCUCUUGAGAAGGGACAAUCUUGGCGUCAGAACAUAUCUUUUGGGAAAUUGCGGACACAUUCAGCUGAUCGUCACGAUGGAUCUCAACAUGCCCAUGGGGACGAUGAUACUGCUUCUCGUAAGGACAGAGCCGAGCAGAGUUCGGUUGCAUCAGGUUCCUUCAACGAGAGCAGAGGCGCAGCAUUGAUGUCGAGUAUCGGAUUCGGAGCUAGGAAGAUGGGCGAAAAGAUGGAUUCCGCCCGGAAGGGCAUGUUCGGAAAGUUAGGACGCAGUUCCAGCAACCACGAAACGCAACUACAGAUACCGAAAGAACAAUAUGUAUUCAGGGUCAUCAAUCUUGGCUUGGUCGAACAAACUAGGUUAACUAGGAUAUCACAACGCUUAGAAAAUUCCAAGGACAAGACGGAGUUUUGGAUGCCAGCACUUCCCUGGCGGUGCAUUGAUUAUCUUAACAUGAAAGGAUGCGAGGAGGAAGGUCUCUACCGCGUACCCGGAGCUGCUCACACUGUUCGGUAUUAUGAACAGAAGUUCGACCAAGACCGCGACAUCGACUUGAUUGCCGACGACAACCUCAACGACCCCAACGUCAUUGGAUCGUUGUUCAAGAGCUGGCUGCGGCAACUCCCGGAUGAGAUCUUCCCGAAAGCCACCCAAUCAAAGAUUCAGCAAGAGUGCCAGGGCGCUAAGACCACACCUCAGAUGUUGAAGGAUGAAUUAUCCAAACUGCCACCCUUCAACUACUACCUCUUGUUUGCAAUAACCUGUCACAUCAGCCUCCUACACUCGUGUUCAGAGUUCAACAAGAUGAACUACAACAACUUGUGUAUCUGCUUCCAACCAGCCAUUAAGAUUGACGCUUUUUGCUUUCAGUUCUUGAUAUUGGAUUGGAGGAAUUGCUGGCAGGGCUGCUGGACGGAGAAAGAGUACCUAGUUGAAGAGGUGAAAUUACUUGAACCCCAGAAGCCUGAACCCUCUACCACCCGCAAUGGACAAGCCCCGCAAGCCUCUGGGAAGACCAAAAGCUUACACUCUUCUUCUGGAUUUCUAGGUGAUAGCUUCCAGUCCUCGACACGCAGCAACUCCGCGGACAGGGCGGUUUCAUCCGACCGGGCGUCCGAACGCAGCAAACCAUCAUCGCGGGGUCUCUCAGCUGAGCGUAACAUGGUCUCCGGCCGCGUUACUCCGCCAAACCCGUCUAUUUUCGAGCAUUCGAGCGCCAAACGUCCUGCAGAACGAAGAGCCACCGAUGAACGAGAUUCGUCGACAGACCGAGCAAUUUCGUCGUCAGAUAGCCGAGACGCGUUCAAUGCUCGUGGGACUCCAAAACGUGCGCCCGCGUCUCUGAGCACGGAAGUUGCGGCGGAGGAGGAAGAUAAUAGCGCAACGCCUACCCAGGCCCAGCAUACUCGAGGGGGUUCAGAGAGCAACAAUUUCCGACUUGAUAUAACGAAUCCACCAAGCUCACCGUUUUCGAUUAAGUUCUAA